AUGACGCUCGCCAAAGACAUCCUUACACUACUCGACCGGACCACCCAAGCCCUAGAGCGCCUUCUGUCCUCCGACCAACCCGCAGAGCGCUGUACACCAGUACUGCGACAGCUCGCCGCCACGGCAGAAGCCGCGUUGCGGGUGGCAGAGACGGAGCGGCUAAAGGCGGAGACGAUGAUGGUGCGAAGUGAGAAGAUGAAGACAGAUGCUGAGACGGGGAGGCUGAAUGCGGAGACCAAGCGGUUGAAGGUGGGAGCGGAGACCGAGCAGUUGGUAGUUGAGACAAAGAAGGCCGGUAACGGGGCUGCGAAGGCGCUGGCAGAGGCAGAGAAGCUUCAGGCGGAGGCGAUGAUGGCAAGGAGCGAGAAGCUUAGGAUCGAUGCGGAGACGAAUCAGCUCAAUGCGGAGACGGAGAGGAUGAAGGCGGAGGGGAAGUGCUAA